GUGACGAAGCGGGCGCGACGACAGGGCGAGAGCACAUUCGAGGGCCUGUUCCGGCGCUCGCUCCUGCACGGUCCGGCGCUCGCAGAGAUAGUCUCCGAUCCCGGGAGUUCUCAGCUCAUGGUGUCUGGUGCUGCCCAGCUGACGGCGUACAUCUCGAACGCCAACAGAGAAGCGGCCGAGCGCCUGCGGGCUGGCGCCCAGCGGGGGCUGAACACGAGCCGCAGACUCUCGAGGCAGGUCGGGACCCUGAUCCCGUGCACCGACGACGACAUCUCCACCCCUCCGGGCUUCAUGCUGGUCGCUCCCAACUCUUCCGCCGGAGGGUGGGACACCGUGCACGCGUUCAGGUGCCCGCAGCCCCGCGCCUGCGCCGGGACGAGGAGCCUCCGCAACUGCUCGGGGGGCGCGCAGAGCAUGUGCGCGCCAGGCUACGACAGCACGGCCCCAGGGUGCGCCGCCUGCGCGCGGGGCUACGGGAGGCAGCCGCUGGAUCCCGUGACGUGCCGGCCGUGCGGGAGGCACGGGCUGCUGCAGCGGGCGGGCUACGUGCUCCCGCCAACCGUGCUCGUGGCGUUUGGGAUGCGCUCCGCGGCGAGGGCCAAGAAGGAUCUGGCAGGAGGCCUGCUGAACAUCGUGCUCUCUUUCGCGAUGUCCGCCUUCAUCGUGGUCAGCGCACUGGAGGAGACCCGGGCCGUCCAGGCGUUGAGGGAGAGUGCGAGGUCGGCGAUGCAGGUCACCUCGAGCGCUUCCGGAGCCGCAUCUGCACUGUAUUCCUCGAGUUUCGACUGCCUCAUGGGAAGACAGUUGUCUACCCUCAGCGAGUGGAUUACGUUAUCCCUCUUGAUGCCGGUCGUACUUUUCGCGGCCUGCAUGUUGGCCAUGCUUGUGGCGCCUGCAAGCCCUGGAAUCAGCCUGCGGCACAAGCUCCUGCGCCCCACGCUGGUCGCCGGAAACACGUUCCUUCCAGGCGUGUUGGCAGCGUUUGUGCGCUUUGGAGCGUGCAUCCACACGCAGGAGAGAAUGGGAUGUCACUGAGAGCGUACGACCUGUCGAGCCCCUGCCCCUCGGAGAUCCAGAACUUCACCGCCGUGCUGGGGGUCUUCCUGGCCGCGUGCGCCGUCGGGCCGAUAUACUGGGCCCUGCUGAUCCACAGGGCCAGCUACUGGGACCCCAGGGUGAAGGAGGAGAUCGUGGGAUACCUCGUCAACUCGUACAACGAGGAGUCCCAGUGGUGGGGAGCGGUCAUGCUCCUGCGGAAGCUGGCCCUGGCCACGGUCGCGGCCGUGAUGCCAAUCGGAUAUACGCCCAAGUCGCACAUCGCUGCCGCCGCGGUCGUCAUGGUGGCGUCGCUGAUCGCGCACGUCUACUGCCGCCCCUUCAAGAGCUCGGUCCUGAACGUCGUCGAGGGAUGGUCGCUCGCCGCCACCUGCAUGUCGAUGGCCAUCGCCGAGAUUGCCAUCGGCGGCGAUGAGAACUGGUCCACGACGCCACAGACCGAGCAGAUGGCUGUCGCCCUUGCACUGGCGAUGGUUGCCCUGAACAGCAUCGUUCUCCUGGUCUGCUUCCUGAAGGCGCUCUUCGCACCAGCGGACGCGCUCACUGAGCGGAGGGGCCCGCCGCUGCGCCGCUCGACGGUGCACUAA